AGCACGUCGCAGCACGUCGCAGCUUGUCGCGUCACGUCACUGGCCCUACCUACACGAACCCGCCUAUUUAACGCGGCCAGACUUGGAAUCGCGUCACGUCCAAAGCAGAAAGCGACAGGCCCUCGAAUAUUGGCAUUGGCUACCUGGCUGCCUGUCGACCACCUACGCCACAGCGACCAUAGCAUCUGCCGCACAAGCGCCCUCCCCCUGUCUCCCCCGGGAAUUCGCACCAACGUAGCAACGCAGCGCCCAGCACGAGCCCGCGUCCCUUUUAAAUUAUCCCCCUCCGUCUGUCUCUCUCCCCCCCAAUAACCAUCUCCCCAGUUGCCCAAUCUGGCCUCACAUCGUCUCUGCCUGCGCAUCGCCCUGAGUACGUCGACGCGACUACUCAGAAUGGCGCCCAAGCAGGCUACCUUGGGGAGGUUCUUCGGCCAGCCCAAUGGUUCCAAGCCCGCACCCAAGCAGACGACUCUUUCCUUCAGCACCAAAACCUCCAAGAAGGUAAAAGAGGAGUCGGAGCCUGCCGCCGAGCAGGAAGCGUCAUCGGGCGGGGCAGAGUCCGCCACCGAUGCUGCUACAGAGUCCACCGCCGAUGCCUCUACAGAGUCCGCCGCCGAUGCUGCUACAGAGAACACCGUACCUGUCAAAGACACGAGAAAGCGGUCCCGCUCCACCUCCCCUCGCCUGAGCGCCUCGAAAAAAGCAUCUACCAAGGUCAAGGUCGAAGCCGAAGAGGACCUAGAGGAGCUUGAAGAAGAAGAAGAAGCACCGACGGUGAAACGACGACGACGAACUCGUCGCCGAGUCGAAGAGGACGAGGACGAGGACGAGGACGAGGACGAUGUAUCCAUGUCUGGUGCAGAGCCCGUGAAGCCCAGGAAGCGGUCCAGCAGUAGGGCAAGGUCGCCCAAAAAGGCCGCUGCUACGUCUCCAGCGGCAAAAAAACGGGGGCGGCCGCCUAAGAGGGAAGCGUCGGAGUCGGCGUCCGAGGUCGAGGACGACGAGGUAGAGAAGCCCGAAGCCGCAGCAAAGACCCGGAAAAAGCUGCAGAAAAAGCUUGCGAUUCCGGCCGAGGACCCAUAUCCAGAUUGGGAGGCCGGCACGCCGGUACCAUAUGCUGCGUUGUGCGCCACAUUCUCUCUCAUCGAGCUUACGUCGGGCCGGCUUGCUAUAACUGAGUACUGCUCUCGGUUCCUCCGACAAGUCUUACGUCUGACUCCCGAUGACUUUCUACCUACGGUGCUGUUGAUGAUCAACAAACUCGCCCCCGAUUACGCCGGCAUCGAGCUCGGCAUCGGCGAGUCCCUAAUCAUGAAGUCCAUAGGCGAGACGACGGGCCGCAGUCUCCAGAUCAUCAAAGCAGACCAGAAAGAGAUUGGCGACCUGGGCCUUGUCGCCAUCAAGAGCAAAUCAACGCAACCUACCAUGUUCAAGCUCAAGCCGCUGACCGUAAGGGGCGUGCACCAGGGCCUGAUGGAGAUUGCUACUGCCAUGUCUGGGACCGGUGCCCAAACCAGGAAAGUGGACGGGAUCAAGAAACUGCUCUCGGCCGCCGACGCCCACUCGACCGUCAAGGCCGACAUCCACAAAGACAAAGGCGGCCCGAGCGAGGCCAAGUAUCUGGUCCGAUUCCUCGAGGGAAAACUGCGGCUGGGCUUGGCAGACAAGACAGUCAUCGUAGCGAUAGCGCAAGCCAUGGCUUUCCACGAGGCGGCGCAGAAAGGAACGGAGCCUAGCCCCCAGGAAAUCGAAGCAGCAGAGACCAUGCUGAAGACGGCAUACAGUGAAAUACCGAGUUGGAAUGUGAUCAUCCCGGCCAUGAUCCAGAACGGCAUCAUGAAGCUGAGGGAGAGCUGUAGACUCCGUCCCGGGCUUCCCCUCAAGCCCAUGCUUGCCAAGCCGACGAAGGCAAUCACGGAGGUUCUAGAUCGGUUCGAGAAUCAAACCUUCACGUGCGAAUACAAAUACGACGGUGAAAGGACGCAGAUCCACUAUGUCGCCAAGGACCAUACCGACGAAUAUAUAGAGGCUUUGCCCGGCGCCACCAAGGAAUCCACCAACGGUGUCUCGUCCAUAUUCUCCCGAAAUUCCGAGGAUCUGUCCAAGAAAUAUCCUGACGUCCUCGCGAAGCUGCCCACCUGGGUUAAGGAGAGCACGAAGAGCUUCGUGAUCGACUGCGAGGCCGUCGCCUGGGACGCGGUGGAGAAGAAAAUCAUGCCCUUCCAGACGCUGAUGACGAGGAAGAGAAAGGAUGUCAAGAUAGAGGACGUCAAAAUCAAGGUCUGCAUCUUCGCCUUCGACCUGCUGUACCUGAACGGCGAGGCGGUGGUCCAGAAGUCCCUCCGAGAACGCCGAGAGUUGCUGUGCGGCGCCUUCCAACCGACCGAAAACGAAUUCGCCUUUGCCAGCCACAUGGACGGCCAAGAUCUCGAGGAAAUCCAGACGUUCCUCGACGAGAGCGUCAAGGCGUCUUGCGAAGGGCUCAUGGUGAAGAUGCUCGACGGCGCCGAGAGCGGAUACGAACCCAGCAAACGAAGUCGCAACUGGCUCAAGAUCAAAAAAGAUUACCUCGCAGGCGUCGGCGAUUCCCUCGAUCUCGUGGUGCUCGGCGCCUAUCACGGCAAAGGCAAGCGUACCUCUGUUUACGGCUCGUUCCUCCUCGGGUGCUACAACGCCGCCUUGGACAUUUACGAGACGGUAUGCAACAUCGGCACCGGCUUCUCAGAGCAGCUCCUGGAAGAGCUUCACGCACAGCUUUUCGAGCUGGUGAUCGACCGGCCCAAGCCGUUCUACGCGCACUCUGCGGGCGGGCAGCACCAGCCAGACGUCUGGUUCGAGCCGCGCUACGUGUGGGAAGUCAGGACGGCGGACCUGACGCUGAGCCCGAGAUAUCAGGCCGGGUUGAAGGACGGCGCCGAUCCGGCGGGCGAGAAAGGGAUCAGCUUGCGAUUCCCGAGAUUCAUCAAGAUCCGAGAGGACAAGAAGCCCGACGAAGCGACGAGCAGCCGCCAGAUCGUAGAGAUGUACAGGAAGCAGGAGAGCGUGGCGAAGAACAAGGGCCCGUCCGUCGACGACGAUUUUGAGUACUGAAAAGGGCGGCCUACAAAUCUAGGUGCGCAACCCAUUAUUUACUCUACGCGUCUUAGUAUAGACGACGGAGGGCCGUGACGCGAGUUGACGUUGCAGCACGCAGCACGUCCUCCAACUGG